AUGAGUGAUGAUAUUAAAGAAAACAAUGAUGGCACACUAACGCUGACCGACAUUAAAAAACUAGGUUGGAACGAAUUUAAUAAUGAAGAAAAACUCGAGCCUAACCAAGAAAGGAAAUGUGACAAAACCAAGGCUACUACUAAUAAUGAAGACAAAUUCAAGAUUUAUAUCGAUGAAGUUUCUGAUAAUCAAUGUGCAGUUAUAAAAAUAGACGGUAGUGAAUAUUGCAUAUUGUUCAAUCUAGAAGAUGGAAAACACAUCAGGUAUCCUGAUAAAAACAAUAGCAAGUCGAACUCUGAAACAGUGGAAUUAAUAAUGUUGAGAAGAAGCGAUAGAGAUGAAAAAAAGUAUAAAGUAUAUUCCAUGAAAUAUAAAAGAGGUGCUGUUCGUGCCGAACUUCUUAAUACACAUAAUAUUUAUAGUGACGAUACCCCAAGAAUUUAUUAUGAUGACAAAUAUUUUCUUGUUGCUGCUAAUCAUUCAUUGAUAUCGGAAUGGGAUCGUAGGAGUCAUAAAUAUUUUUAUGGCAGUUGCAAUUACUAUUACAAACAAAAUUAUUACUUAAAAUCUAAUGAUUUUAUUGUUCUUAAUAAAAAAAGUAAUGCGGAAGAGGCAUUGAUGGUGGCUGAUUAUCUUGAAUUUAAGGAAAAAGUUCAUAUUAAAAAAGUAGAUUUCAUUUAUGUAAAAAAUGACACAUUUGUAUUUGAGGAGGAAAAGGAUGAUGGUGAGGUGGAUGAAUCGGAGGAAAAAUCAAAUAAAGGAUUAUUUGAUGAUAUUUGGACUCAAUAUUGGAACUUAACAAAAGAAAACGCAGAUGAAGUUUUAUCAAAAUUAAAAGAUGAAAUUAAUAAGAUUUCGACAAAAUAUUGGGAAUUAACAACAAAAAAAGUAAGAGAAGAUGAUUUAGCAAAAUUCAAUAAUAAAAUUAAUAAAAUCAAAGAGGUUUCUUUAAAAAAAUAUUGGACAGAAGAGAGAAAAAAAAAAAAAAGUUUAGCAAAAUUAGAAGGCGAAAUCAAUGAAAUUCAUAAAGCUUCUUUGGAAAAAUAUUGGACAUCAAAGGAAAAAGAAUAUUUAACAAAAUUAGAAAAUAAAAUCGAAAAAAUCAAAGGUAAUAUUUCAAUAUCAACAACAGAAAAAGUAAAAGAGGAUUUAGCAAAAUUACAAGGUAAAAUCAAUAAAAUCAAUGAAAUUCCUUCGGGAAAAUAUUGGACAUUAGAGAAAAAAGAAGAUUUAAUAAAAUUAGAAAAAGAUAUCAAGAAUAUCAAAAAUUCGUAUCAAAAAGAAAAAGAAUAUUUAGCAAAAUUAAAAAAUGAAAUUGAUGAAAUCAAUGAAAUUAAUGAUUUGGAUCAAUGUUUAACAUUAGGAAAAAAAAAAGAUUUAACAGAAUUAGGAGAUGAAAUCAAUAGAAUCAAUGAUGAUAUUUUGAAUCAGUCAACAAUGAAAAAAGAAAAAGAUGAUUUACCAAAAUUAGAAGAUGAAAUUGAUGUUUUGGAAAAAUAUUGGACAUCAGAUAAACCAGAGAAAGAAGAAUAUUUAACAAAAUUAGAAAAUAAAAUCAAUAGAAUUAAAGUGUUAAAUAAAAUCAAGAAGCUUAAAUUGAAAAACCAUGAAAUUUAUUAUGUGAGUCAACAAUUGCAUAAAAUAUAUAAAAACAUACUUGAUGAAUUGGAAUCUUCUGAUGACCAAAUAAUUGAUAAACUAAUUAAAAAGAGGGUUAAAGAAUUCAUCAACAAUGAAAAAAAUAAAGGACUAUAUGAAAACCCUAUCAUUAAAAUUGGAAAGGAUUAUAAAUGGACCAUCACUCAUAACAAAGAAUGUCAACAUAUAAAUAUAAGAGCUUUAAACAAAAACAGCAACAGUGGUAGUGAAUAUGAUUUAUCAUAUGGAGAAGAAUUCAUUCAAUGCAAGUUAUUUAAUGAUAGGCUGACCUUAAUAACAACAAAUUAUAUACAAAUUUUUGCUGUUGAUGAAGAAAAAAAUUUGAUAUAUGUUAGAUAUAUUAAAAGUCAUAACUUGAGUAUAGAAGGUUUAAAAGAAAGCAUCAAGUCUAUUGAAGAAGAUUAUGAAGGUUAUAUAUUUGAUGUUGAUCAUUUUUUUGAAGAAAUUAAAAAAAAUUACACCAGCAAAGAUCAAAUCCAAAAUCAAA